AUGAGUUCUUUCCGCAAUCCCUCUCCAUCGCCAGCGCGCUACGCAAGUUCGCAUGCUCGGCAAUCUAGUAUGAGUGACUACGGCAUGCGAGUUGGAAAUGUGACAUCAGCCCCAUCGGGUCUCUCUUAUUCCAUCAGCAAGAACGAUUUGGCAGCUUAUUCACUUAGCACGCAGCAAAGAGAGUCUAACCUAGCGCCAAACCUGCCCCCUUCGGACACUUUGGGACCGGCCCGGCCGAUUCUUCCGCCCAUUAAGAACGCGAAAGUGAUCUCUUCCGUGAAUCGAGUUCCAGAUCAUUCUUAUCCCGAGCACUGCCCAGUUCCGAAAAACAGCAUUUACCCAAACGGGUUCCCAGAUUCCUACGAAAGUGGUCGCUUGAGCAGUAAGGGUAUACAACGAGUACCAGGUCACGACACCUCUUCACUCGGCAGCUACAAAAGCCCUCCUUCUUAUUCUCAAGAUUACCUCCGCGAGGCCCCUCACUCAAUACCUUCGAUGAAAAAUACUCAUGGCUCCAUGCCAAACUUGAAUCCGCCUCCGCUGGAAUUUUCUCCCUCGAAAGGGAUUCUAGACUCGAUGCAAGUACCUGACAUGAGGUACAAAACGGAGCCUCAAAUGACACACCGUAGAUCAAAUUCCUCUUGCGAUUUGGAUUAUACUCCCAGCUACGCUGGCAGCGCGGGUAAUAGAAGACCCGCCGAUCAACUUCUCCACUCGGGCCAUCACGGACUUGAAAGCGUUAAUAUGUACCAUCCCAAUCAAGAUCCAAUGAUAGAUUGUAGCACAAAUCAGCUCAAUCCAAACACUGAGAAGAAACAUAGAUGCGGAUUCUGCUCCCAAGCGUUUGCCAGAAGACACGAUCGGGACAGACAUCAAAGAAUGCAUACGGGUGAAAAGCCAUACGAGUGCCCACAAUGCGGAAAACGAUUUAUGAGGAGUGACGCGCUCAGCCGACAUCGCCUGGUGGAGCCUAAAUGUGGAGGUUAUUUAGGUCAAGGUUAA